UCUUCUUUGUGCCCGGUCGUGCUCUUUGCAUUUCCUUUUCGCGGCCCUCGCAGAAAUUUUAUGCGUGGCGGCGUAGGUAUACGAGGAAUGUUUCGGAAUCGUGAACUGAGAACCGGUUCAGAUUUUUACACCGAACCAAGGUUCCUGACUAAAUAGAUUGGACUGAUUCCGCGUCUCGGAACCGAAUGUUUUUUUUUCAUUUCCGCAUCGAUAACGCUGCAACUGAACUACGCAACACGACUUUUGCGCGAUCGGGUGCACGUAACACUUCGGAGAAGACUCCGCAGUCAUUGCCUAACUUACGAAUCAUUUUUGAACCGCAAGUGUAGUGGUUGAAUUUUGAUCCAAUCAAUUAUUUCUAAUGGAAACAUCGUAUUGCAGUUUUGUGUUGUGCAGUUGAAAUUGUUGUAGCCGUGACACUGAACACUCGUAGAGUUUUUGAGUGACGAAUAAUGGAUCGUUCGCGUGAAAAGAAGUGUUACCUUUGUCAGAAGGUUUGUACGUACUUGGUUCUGUACGCACAAAGAGUGAAGUGUUGUUUUAUUUACUAAAUUUUCCAGUAAAUAUUUCAAAUUAACUGUUUCUAUCAGUGUAUGGUAAUAAUAUCAUGUACCAGUGUCACUUUAAGUAUGCCACUCGCUUGUAUUUUAAGAUUUUCCAGUCCUCACUGUCUGGUAUAGGUAAAAGAUUCUGCAUAGAUAUCUGGCGCCUGGUUUUAUUUAUUUAUUGUUUACUUCUUUUUAGACAUACGAUCCGAUGUAAUGUCCCAUUAAGGCUAAACUCGCGCAAGCGGUUUGCGAGAAAAUGUCACAGUGGCUACUUUUGGAGUAACAGAGAAUAAAGGCUCUUUUUUGUUUCACAGAAAGAACGAUGAAGGGGAGAUGAAAAAUAAGUGCACCAUACAGCUUGCACUUACUCACUUACGGCUUAGUACAUUAUAUGUAGACGAAGAGGAUUUGAAAGCAGGUGAAGAACAAUUAGAGAAAUGUAUAGACUUAUUAAAGGACAAAGAAAUGGAAACAGAUGCAAUUACUCCAUUGAUCACAGCUCUUAAUCAGCAAGGUUUUAUUUUGUCUCAAUGGAAACAACCUCUGAAAGCUAAAGUUGUUUUACAUAGGGCAGAACAGAUCUUUCAAAACUAUACGAAGGAUAAUAAGGAAUAUAAGAUUCCUAGGGCAGAUUUUAAUACUAUUCAAGAAGUCCAUGAUGAAGUGGUCCUUAAAGAAGUAUUUGAAAAACUUCAUACAAUGACAUUAUUUUACCUAGCUCAAAUUUAUACUUCUCUGCAGGAUCAUUAUAUGUCUGCAAUAUAUUGUCACAUGACUUUGCGCAGGCAAUUAUAUCACAAUGAAGUUAUGCAUGACCUAGAUCACAUCGACUGGGCUUUGAAUGCAGCAACACUUUCUCAAUAUUUUUUGGAAAUUGAGGGUUUCACUCAAGCAAGGUAUCAUUUAGGUGCUGCAUCCUAUAUAUUACAAGUAUAUGAAGAUAAGUUAAAAAAGAAAACUGAAGUUAAUGGGCAAACUGAAGCAGUUGCUGCUGACUGGGAAAACUUUAAAGACAAAAGUGCAGAUGUUGCUCGGUGUUGGGCAAAAUAUGGUCUCAUACUUUUAAUUUCAUCUAAAGAAAGACUCCUUGAACUAAGCGAAGAAGACGAGGAGAAUGACCAAGCAAAUAAAAAAGAAAAUUCAAAGCCCAAACUAAAAGAAGACUUAAAAUUUGAAGUUCUAGAAGGAAAAAUAGAACCAAUUAUAAAUCAGAUCACGGAUAAAUAUUUGUUGGAUUUUGAUGAUGCUAGACGAGUAUUUUUAAAUGUUCAAAAAUGGUUGGAUCAAGCUAUGUCCUAUUACACUUUUGAUGAUCAUGCUUCUGAUUAUGUACAUAUUGUGCAAGAUUUGUCACAAGCAUACAAUUACUUAUCCUUCUAUGAGGAGAGUGAAGACAGAAAGGCAAAGAUGCACAAGAGAAGAGUGGACAUCUUAGAAAACGUUGAGAAAGAACUGAAUCCUCAGUUUUACAAAGCUGCUUGCAGACAAAUCUGGUUUGAAUUGGGAGAAACAUAUUCAGGCAUACUUCAAAUAAAAUUUGAUCGUCUUAAUACUACAAACAAGAAUCCACAAGCAGUAAUGAAAAUAAAUAAUUUGGCUCAAAAUUCCAUAAAAUAUUUUCAAAAGUUUAUUGAUUCUUUAGAAACUAAUUCAUCAGAUCCUGAAAAUCCAAAAUAUUCUGAUGAUGUAUUACGACCAGCUUUAUUUUCCUACUUCCAAAUUGGCAGAAUGUACAGUAAAAUGAUCCCUCCUGAUUUUGUAGAUAAUAUAGCAAAUAGUAUUAAGGCAUAUAAAUUUGUAGUUGAUUACUGUGACAAAUACCCUGCUGCAGCAGAAGUCAUGAAGUUUGAAUUGAAUCAUUGUAAAGAAUUAGUAUCUUUAUUGACGAUACUAUACGAAAACAAAAAAAAAAUAAAGAAUUGUUAAAGUUGUAUUACAUUGUUAUGAUAUGUUGUCACGUGUAUUUAAUAUUCUUUAUGUCAAUUUUUAACUCUAGAACUACUGUACCAGUUAAAAUAACUGGUUUCGAUUUCCUUGUUCCGCAAUUAUUGAUAUCUUCAAAGCAUUGAAUAUUUGAAAUGAUUUUGAAAA